GCGUGCAUCUCCAGUGUGUCUGCAGUCCUCACCAUCGCCACGACGCCUCCGCCACAUACACCAUCACUCGAGUCCAGGAUGAAUGCGGCCAUAUUGGUGCUACUAGUAUUCGCUGCCAGUGUUUCUGCUGAGAAGCAUUCGACCAGUGAUGUGGACUUCAAAACCCAACAUGGUGCGAGGGACCUUACACUUGGCUUGCCAGUCUCUCCUUUCCUUGCCUCUCCAUACCAUCAGCUGGUGUUGCCAGGAUACAACCCUCUCCUCUCUCUGCUACAACUAUCCUUGGCAGGAGGCCUGGGAACACAAGGACUGCCAUUUUCAUUUCUACAGAGCUUGAAUGAACUAGGAUUUCCAGCUACUCAGUUGCAAGGCUUAGGACACGGACUGCCAGGUACGCAGUUUCAGGGUUUAGGACAAGGCCUACACGGAACACAGUUUCAGGGUCUGGGGCAGGGACUAACGGGCGCUCAGUUGCAAGGUCUAGGACAAGGACUGCCUGGAACACAGUUGCAAGGUCUGGGACAAGGGCUACCUGGAACACAGUUUCCGGGUCUAGGUCAAGGACUACCUGGAACACAGUUUCAGGGUCUAGGUCAAGGGCUACCUGGAACACAGUUUCAGGGUCUGGGACAAGGACUACCUGGAACACAGUUUCAGGGUCUAGGUCAAGGGCUACCUGGAACACAGUUUCAGGGUGUGGGUCAAGGACUACCUGGAACACAGUUUCAGGGUCUAGGACAAGGACUACCUGGAGCACAGUUUCAGGGUCUAGGGCAAGGGCUACCUGGAACACAGUUUCAGGGUCUGGGACAAGGGCUACCUGGAACACAGUUUCUGGGUCUAGGUCAAGGACUACCUGGAACACAGUUUCAGGGUCUAGAUCAAGGGCUACCUGGAACACAGUUUCAGGGUCUGGGACAAGGACUACCUGGAACACAGUUUCAGGGUCUAGGUCAAGGGCUACCUGGAACACAGUUUCAGAGUCUGGGACAAGGACUGCCUGGAACACAGUUUCAGGGUCUGGGACAAGGACUGCCUGGAGCACAGUUUCAGGGUCUGGGACAAGGACUGCCUGGAACACAGUUUCAGGGUCUGGGACAAGGACUACCUGGUGCUCAGUUUCAGGAUCUGGGACAAGGACUACCUGGUUCGCAACUACAUGACCAAGAGUUACAUGGUACACCGUUACAAGACCCGAGAGGCCAAGAACUGCUGGGCUACCGAAGAGGACUCAACGGGCAGGAAAGACGGGGCAAUGGCUUAGCAAGGCAUAACAGACGUUACAACCGGGGUGUGGGCCAACUAUCCAGUAGCUUUGGCAUUUCUCCUUUGUUGGAGCAAAACGAUGAUCAGCAAGAGUCGAUGGAGGAUAUAUUCCAGUUAAUAAAUCUACUUCAGGACUUAGAGUCUAGAAACUCCAUACCUCGACGUCCAGAAGACCAAGGAAGGCUCGUACAGCAGAAAAACGACAAAGACCUGACUCUUCUCUUGCAAAAACUAAAUCCUUUGCAUUCAUUACCACUAAAUAGCCGUUCUCCGGUUGCUCCCUUAGUAAGUGACCCUCCUCAGAUCUUAGGUCUCAAGCCCUUUGGCCUCGGCCACACGCCAGGUGUCUCGAGGGUAGCGGCGGAUCGGACUGUGGAAUAUAAAAAAAUUCUGCCAGAUACUGACGGUGCAGUCGAUCUCCGGGCCUCACGAAAUGUCCCAUUUCGAGAGCCCUUGGGAACCAGAGUUCUGGAUCACAAGGAUCAGUUCAGAUUUCCAAAUUAUCGCUAACAUGUGCAUUAUGUAAAAAUAAUUACCUAAAGAAACACAAUGGCAAAAUUGUAAAGAUUACAUAAUUUCGCAGCACCCCUACUUGUUCUGGCUUACAAUAAUAAUGAUUAUAAUAAUAAUCAUUGAUUACUAUUAUAAUCAAAGGGAAGCGCUAAACCCGUAGGAUUAUACAGCGCCUGUGGGAGGGGUGGAAUGUGUUCGGGCUUAAUUCAGGGAACGAGCACAAAUCCAAUUCCCUAGAUCAAGAGCCCCUCACCAGCAUCAAGGAACUUUCCUUGAGGGGUCUGGUUUAUUGAACAACGCAAAACGAAGCGAUGAGGAUAAUCCCAAAUACGGGAGAGAGAGGUCAGGUGAAACCCGAAAAAAAAAAAAAAACAGGUAGUAGUGAGAUCAUUUGUGAGAGGCGAGUGAGCCGGGCCGUGUACUGUAAGAGUGAGAAGGGUUGGACAUACUUGCAGCCGUGAUUUGAACAGUGCAGGUGUCCAACACCAUAGCAUACAGGGCCACAUUAUGAGUUGGGAGAGAGCAGAACUACUUAUCAGAGGGUGAUUUACUUAGAAGUAGAUGACUGGAAGCCUUUAUGACUUCCAUUUCAAACACUGCUACACAAAACUCAGGGAGCUUUAGCCAAAUUGAUUCUACCCAACCAAAAUUGCAAUCAGAACACGUUUGAAUGAGCACUGGAGGGCCUACCGGACCUGCCCAGGCUAGGAAGGUGCUCAACGACCAACUCUUUUCACUCUUGCGAUACACCUGUCUUCUGAGUUGCAGCUAUUAUGACUCGAGAAAUCGUAAUGACACGAUUGGAAACAAACCACGGUACGGGCGGGAAGUUUUACGACUCACCGCGGGUUAAAGCCCCGCCCGUACCGUGGUUUGCAGCUAUUAUUAGCUGAAACCAUUGACACAACGUCUUCAAUAAAUUUCUUGAUUGUGCAUAUGUAUCUUAUACCAACACUACUAAAAUUAAAUCCAUUAUUCUUGUAAAAUUAUUAUUAUUAGCAGUACCAGUAGUAGUAAUUAUAGUAAUGGGAAGCGCUAAACUCGUAGAGUUCAUAAAGCACAUGAUAAAUUGAAGGUAAUCAUUAUGAAUGUAUGAAGAGUAAGUAUGGAGUCUAUGGUAGAACUCCUAAUUCUGUACCCAAACUAACUAGGGGACAAAUAAAAAUUCAGGUCUCUAAACACUGCACUAAUGUCAACCAUACACUCCGGUAUCCAGUAAUUUGUAAGUGUUGCUGGAUGAACGAACUAUCGUUCUAUAAUGGAUGGAUCCCUUACCGAUACACCUGGCUUUGUUUUUGUUUUUUUUAACUAGGAGGAUUAAUCAAUCUUCCACUGAAAGGAUUAUUGCAUAUUUGUGAGAGAAGUGCUAACUAGCUGGGGAUGAAGAUAAACUCGGGGGAAGUUUCUGUAUUUAUUCCAGUAAACGAGUGUAAGCACUGAGUGUUUCCUAACAUGUGUUGUCCCUAUUCACCUAGAAGUAGGUUCCUGGGUGUUAGUCGA